GUUGCGGGACUGGGACUGGUGCCCGCCCGCAAUAUGUCGAGCCACCACUACUCUCCUGUGGACGCCGAGGACCUCCCGGGCAGCUAUCGCUACCGCCAGAAGACGCUGCAGCGGUGGCGGUUCUCGAUGUUCCUCUCCUUUGCCGCGGGCGUCGUCGUUUGCAUGAUCGCCUACCCGCGGCUGCUGCCCUGCAAGGCCUGCGCGCCGUGCGAGAAGGCCUCGCCUCCAGUCAACGUGGCCGACGUCGCAAGCCGAGCCGCGCAAAUCGCCGUCAGCAAGUGUCCCGCCUGCCCCGCCUGCCCCGAGUGCCAGCACAAGCCGUGCCCUGCGUGCGAGCUGUCUUGUCCAAAGAUCCCGGAGUGCCCGUCGAUCGCGGCCGCGCCCGCGGCGUCGCAGCCGGACGACGCCGAGGUGGUCGCGAGGCAUCGCACCAAGAUGCUCGCCAGGGACAUGGUCAACAUCGCAGAGUGCAAGCCGGGCCAGGUGUGCCGCGCCGACGCCCUCAACCGCUCGCGCGUGAUCGGCCAGAAGGGAAUCACGCUCUGGAUGACGGGCCUGUCCGGCUCGGGCAAGACCACCAUCGCCGAGGCGCUCGAGCGCCGUCUCCUCUACAAGCUGGGUAAGAACGUCUUCCGGAUCGACGGCGACAACCUGCGCACCGGCCUCACUAAGGACCUCGGCUUCUCGCCCGACGACCGCGCCGAGUCCGUCCGGCGCGCGUCGCACGUGGCCGCCCUCUUCUCCGAGGCGGGUGUCAUCACCAUGGGCAUCCCCUUCAUGGAGGUCUUCAUGGACGUGCCCCUCUCGGUCGUCCAAGCGCGCGACCCGAAGGGCCUGUACAAGAAGGUCGCCAAGGGGCUCAUCAAGGGCUUCACCGGCGUCGACGCGCCGUACGAGGCGCCGCGGCACACACCGCCGCACACCGCCGCGCCGCUGCAUGCCGAGCUGACGCUCAAGAACUCGGAGCUGCCUGUCGAGCAGUGUGUCGACCAGCUCGUGAUGGCCCUCACCGCAGCCGGCGCGCUGAGCGGCCACGCCAUGCCGGACGGCCUCACGCCUCCGGACGGUGGGGUGCACAUCAACCGCAUCACCACCGCGCCCGAGGCGCUGCUCGCGCGGCGCAAGGAGGCGGAGACGCUGCCAAAGGUGCCGCUGACGGACAUCGACGUCAACUGGCUCCAGGUGGUCGGCGAGGGCUGGGCGGCGCCUCUGCGCGGCUUCAUGCGCGAGGGCACGCUCGUGCAGACGCUGCACUUCAACUCGGUGCUGCACGACCCGAACAACGUGACGGGCGACUACAACUCGGCGACCACCGACUGGAUGCAGUCCUCCUUCCCGCGCGAGCGCGUCUCCUCGCCCGUGCCGAUCGUGUUGCCCGUCACCGACUUCACGCGCCGCCAGAUCGCGGGCGCGGGUGCGGUCGCGCUCACCAACGCAGCGGGCGUCGCUCUCGCUAUCCUGCGCAGCCCCGAGGUGUACGAGCUUCGCGUGCGAGAGCUGAUUCACCGCACCUUCGGCAUGACGGACGACGAGCACCCGUACGUCAAGGAGCUGCUCAAGCCGGGCAAGGACUACGCGGUCGGCGGCGAGGUCGAGCUGCUCGGCAAGAUCACGUACAACGACGGGCUGGACGCGUACCGCCUGACCGCGGAGGAGCUGCGGGCCGCCUUCAAGGCGAAGGGCGCCGACGUGGUGUACGCCUUCCAGACGCGCAACCCGACGCACGCGGGCCACGCCUUCCUGAUGAAGGACUCGCGGCAGAAGCUGAUGGCGCGCGGGUACAAGAAGCCCGUGCUGUGGCUCUCACCGCUCGGUGGGUGGACCAAGGCGUCCGACGUGCCGCUGGACGUGCGCGUCAAGCAGCACCAGGAGGUGAUGGCGGCGGGCGAGCUGCACCCCGACUGGACCGUGAUGGCCAUCUGGCCCUCGCCGAUGAUCUACGCGGGCCCGACGGAGGUUCAGUUCCACGCUAAGUCGCGCCGCGCGGGCGGCGCCUCUUACUUCACCGUCGGCCGCGACCCGGCGGGCAUGCCCUACUCGUCGGACGGGCCUGGCCACGAGGAGGGAGACGACAUCUACCACCCGGACCACGGCCGGUACGCGCUCAUGUCGUCGCCUGGCGUGGGUGGCAUGCAGUUCCUCGGCUUCAGCAAGGUGUACUACGACAAGAAGGACCACACGAUGCGCGGCAAGGACGAGUCGCGCCCCGACGACUUCAUCUCCAUCUCGGGCUCCAAGAUGCGCAAGCUCGCCGCCCUCGCCGCCAAGCCGUGCCCGCCGACCAUCCCUUCCGACCUGAUCGCCUCCAAGUGCAUCCCGCCCGGCUUCAUGGUGCAAAAGGGGUGGGAGAUCGUCUCGGACUACUACAUCCGCCAAAAGACGGGCGACUGGGUGCCGUACUCGAAGCAGCUCGGAGGGCUGCCGCUCGCGCCAAACAUGCGCAGCUCGGCCGAGCAGCCCUUCGGCAAGGUUGCCUUCACCGCCCAUUUCGUCGGCGCCGACGGGGCGCAGAUCUCGCCGUGGCACAACCUCGCCCUCUACCCGACAGCGAGCGACCCGUCUUUCGUCAACUUUGUGUGCGAGAUCCCGCGCGGCGCCACAGCAAAGCUCGAGGUGCAAAAAGAGAAGCCCUUCAACCCGAUCAUGCAGGACACCAAGAAGGGCGCGCUGCGCUACUACACGUACGGCGCCUCCUUCUUCAACUACGGCAUGCUGCCCCAGACAUGGGAGGACCCCGCCAAGAAGGGCUUCAACGGCACGGUCGGCGACAACGACCCGCUCGACGUGAUGGACCUCUCCUCGCGCACCUGCAAGGUUGGCGAGAUGCGAAAGGUCAAGAUCCUGGGCGACCUCGAGCUCAUCGACCAGGGUGAGCUCGACCACAAGAUCAUCGUCGUCGACGCCGAAGAUCCGCUCGCCGCUUCCGCCUCCUCCGCCGCCGACCUGCCCGCCGGCGUCGUGCCGAAGCUCGUCGAGUGGCUCAAGAGGUACAAGACGACCGACGGCAAGCCCGAGAACAAGCUCGCCUCCGACACGCCCACCUCGGCCGCGCGCGCGGCUGAGGUGGUCAAGGAGUGCCACGAGAGCUGGCAGGCGCUCAAGGCUCGCGGCGCCGGCACCACCGGCUUCUGGCUCGGCUGACGCGGCCGCCCGCCCGCGAGGCGAGACUCUGUGGCUGGGUCAUGCGGCGUACUCGGCAUCGCCCCACUCUCGCUAGGACUUGUGUGGGGGAGCGUCUGUCGGUACUGUGGGGGUCGGCGGCGUCUGUCGCGGCGAGAUGUGUAGGAUUCUGUGGGGACGACAUGCGGGAGAUUUUUUUCGGCUUGUGAGACAGUUGUGGAAGAUGAAGUCAACACACAAAGUG